CUUGGAACCUGAGAUCUCCGCGGGAUGGUUAACGAUGUAUUCUGCCAGAACAUUCUUCUCCACGCUGUAAGCCUGUGUCCCUGAGCUAGUCUCAACUGGGAGUGAUAAAUUCCUCGUCCUAACCGGGGCGUGGCGACUGGUGGUGUGGUGGCUGCUACGGCUCCACGACUCUUGUAACCGACAUGACACGAGGUGAGAACACAACAGUAUUUACCUCUAAUUUUCAUGUAAGAUUGAGAAAUUGUGCAGCUUAAUGGAUACUCGGAAAUUUCCGUUUAAUGACAGUGGGUCUAAAAUACGACAAAUGUUAAUAUUACCUUAGUUAUGGUGACAUAAGCGUUCAUACCGUUGCGCUUACGUCUAAAUACGGGGAAUAGGUUAUAAAUGCGACAAUCACCACCUCCGAACGGAUAGCAAUUCUAAAUCUCCAAUCUCUGUGAUGGCCUUCGAAAUACAGCCACUAAAUGCUAUUGCGGACUUGGAAGAGGUUACAAAGCUUCUGUCUGUAACCUCAAACAUCCAGGAGCCGAUGAAAACAAUUUUAGGGGACGCUUCUCCCGAAGAUAAACAGAGUCUAAUUUUUCAUUCCUGUCGCGAUUGGUUAAUGAAACCAGGAGCAAUUGGCUUUAAGAUGGUUAAGACCUCUACCAACAAGAUAGUAUCAUUCUUCAUCGUCCAACGCCCUCAUGCCAUAACGGAAAAUAAGAAAACAACUGUGCCUCCACCAAUAGAAUAUCCGCUAGGAAUGAAUAAGGAGCUAUUCAGAGAAUUUCAUGGUAUCAGCGUGGGACUCAGGGGAAGAAAUGGAUUUGACCCAGCAAGAGAUUAUAGUGGCAGCAUGAUUGCAACUCUCCCAGAUUAUCAAGGACAAGGACAUGGGAGACGUUUAGUCGAAACAGGACUGAAAAUGGCCGACACAGAGGGUAAAACAUGGUAUGCUGGGUGUUGGCCAGCGUCCGUGCCGCUGUAUGAAAAAAUAGGAGGGUUCGAAUAUAUAACUGAGGAGUCGAUAAAUAUGAGCAGCCAUGGCGGUGAAGGAGUACUCUCCAUGAAGCUCUUUGUGCGCAAGCCUAGUGGAACUACCGAUUAGCUGAGUGAGGUAAGUUGGCAAUAGCUCAGUUGAGUGACGCCUCGCUCUGUUGAUUACCUGUUAGUUGGCUGCCAAUUUGACUAGAAUGCUAUAUAGCUCGCAGAACAGCUCGGCCCAAUCAUUAGAUAGAUAUUAGUAUAGGUUAUUCACA